AUGCCAUUAAGUGAAAUCGAGCCCCAUAGCCCUUCUGCCAAGAAGGCAUCUGGCCACCGCAGAUCUAGAAGGCAUUCGAGUAUAGGGUCGUCUUCUAGGAAGCCUUCGUUAACAAGAAACAGAUCAACACUUAGGUUGAUGCGUACAAUUAGUAUUGAGUCGUUGAACAACGACACUUUUUCAGCUAGUGGGGGUGAGGAUGAAGAUAAUUCUAACUCGGAUUACAAUGAUGUAUCAGGAACAAAUCAAGAUCUGGAAGACAAGAUAGGUAACUUGAGCAUCAAGAGCGGUAUCUCCCAAAGCUCGUCGGAUAUUAAGACUACACCUGCCAAGAAGGGUUCUGGUGGUGUGUCAGCAUCGAGUACUGACAAUUCUAUCGAAGUCCCUUUUGUUAAAGUAGCAUUAGACAUUACAUUGCCUCAGGACUACUUCAAGAAGGAUGUUGCCAAUAUGAUUCAAAGUCUAAAAGUUCCAAGAUGGUAUGCUAGGGGACUCGUCGAAUCGCCUCUGAAGAUGGAGUCCUUGAGACUUACAAAAAUUGCUGGAGCAAUGACAAACGCUAUCUUUAAAGUCGAGUAUCCCGCCCUGCCUUCUCUAUUAUUAAGGGUUUAUGGUUCUAACAAUGAUAUGAUUAUUGACAGAGAGUACGAGUUACAGGUCUUGGCAAGGUUAUCAGUUCAACAUAUUGGACCCUCGUUAUAUGGUUGUUUUCUAAAUGGGCGCUUUGAGCAAUUUUUGGAAAACGCAACAACACUCACAAAGGAUGAUAUCAGAGAUUGGAAAACCUCUCAAAGAAUAGCUAGAAGAAUGAAGGAACUACACACUGGUGUGCCUUUAUUAAGGUUUGAAAAGGAACAAGGAUCUAUGGCGUGGAACAAAAUUGACCAAUGGUUAAAGGAAAUUGAAAUGAAUGGCGGGGAUUGGAUUUCGAACGAUGAUAAUGUGCAACAGGUGUUUGGAGCUCCAAACUGGAAAGAGUUUAAAGAGUCCAUAAGAAAAUACAGGGAAUGGUUGUUUGAAAAUAGUAAGAGUCCAUAUGUAUUUUGUCAUAAUGAUGCACAGUAUGGUAAUUUAUUAUUUAGUGCACCAGUGAUCAACAGCGAGAAAAACGAUCUAAAGAAAAGUCUCGAUGAAUCAAAUCUAUCCACAUCUUCGUUGUUUCCAUCUGAUUCUAGAGUAUCUUUGAAGGAAAUCAUUAAUCCAACGAAACAAGAGCAGAGUCAGGACUCAAAACUUGUUGUUAUUGAUUUUGAGUAUGCUGGUGCUAAUGUUGCUGCAUAUGAUCUUUCAAAUCACUUUUCAGAAUGGAUGUAUGAUUAUAAUAGUUCCACCCCUCAUAAGUGUUUUUCAGACCAGUAUCCUACUACUGAGCAGAUGUUAAAUUUUGUCUACUCAUAUGUUUCACAUCUAAGAGGUGGUGUUAAGACUGAUAUAGACGAUGAUGCAAGAUUACUCUACAAUGAUAUUAAAAAAUGGAGAGGUACAGUCCAACUGUUUUGGAGUUUGUGGGCACUAAUUCAAAGUGGGAAGAUUCAAUUCCAAGAGCAGGAAUCUACUAAGGUUGAUGAAGGGUUGGUAGGUGAGAAAUAUAUAAUCAAGACCGAAGACACUGCGAUAGACGAAUUGGUAGAUGACAUAGAUACAAACGAUGUAAUUGAGGCACCUGAAGGUGUAAGUAUCGAUACUUUUGACUAUCUGGGUUAUUGUACUGACAAGAUUUCUGUGUUCUGGGGAGAUAUUAUAGGAUUCAACAUCAUAACAAAAUCAGAAUGUAUUGAGAAUAAGGUGAAAUACCUAAGCACAGAUUUAUUGUGA